CAACCACAUUUCCAUAAUUAAUUUUUCAUUAACAAAAAAAAAAAAAAAACCAUGGCGCAAUACUACACCUCAGCAACACUACUACCACUACUGUUCCUCCUCUUCCUCCUCUGCCCGACGGAGCCCGCCGCCGCCGCCUGCGAUGGCGACGACAAGUCGUCGUCGAAACGAGGAGGAGGAGGAGGGACGCUGGUCAAGUACAAAGUCGGCUCGAUGGCCUCCAUCCUCGCGGCGGGAGCCAUAGGGGUCAGCCUGCCGCUGUUCCUGAAGCGCUCCAAAACGACGUCGUCCGAGACCGCGGUGGCACCCGACGACGGCGGUCACGGCGGGGCGGAGGGAGGCGGGAGCGGCGGCGGAGGGAUGCUGAUCGUGAAGGCGUUCGCCGGCGGGGUGAUUCUGGCGACCGGGCUGGUCCACAUCAUCCCCGACGCGUUCGAGAAGCUGGGGUCGGACUGCCUGCCGGAGGUCCCCUGGGGGAAGUUUCCGUUCGCCGGGUUCGUGGCGAUGAUGUUUGCCAUCGCGACGCUGUCGAUGGAGUCGCUGGCGAUGGGGUUUUAUAAGAGGCAGCAGCUUCAUCGGAAGAAAGGCGACGAUGCUGGUGACGAGAAUAUUGAAGCGGCGGGUGGUGAUCGGAAAGGUGAUGAUGAUGAGAUGAUCCGGCGGCGGAUUGUGUCGCAGAUACUGGAGAUGGGAGUGGUGGUUCAUUCGACGAUUAUUGGGAUGUCGUUGGGGACUUGUAAGAGUGUUAAGACGGUGAAGCCGCUCAUGGCGGCGUUGACUUUCCAUCAACUGUUCGAAGGUGUCGGGCUGGGAGGCUCCAUUUCUCAAGCGAAGCUGAAGAUGAAAUCAAGGGUGUUAAUGGCGGUAUUCUUCUCAAUCACAGCACCAAUCGGAAUCGGGAUCGGGAUGGGGAUCUCAAAUCACUACAAGGAGAACAGCUCGGCUUCCCUGAUCGUCGAGGGAAUGUUCACCUCGGCGUCGGCCGGGAUUCUGAUUUACAUGGCUCUGGUGGAUUUGCUGGCGACGGAUUUCAUGGGCGGGAAGAUGUUGGAGUCGGAUUUCAGGGUGCAAGUGGGAGCAUAUGCUUCGCUUUUCCUUGGAGCUACGUCCAUGUCGCUCUUGGCACUUGUAGUUUGAUAUCUAAUUGGUGUAAAACCUUUUUUUUUUUUUGCCCAUUUUUUUCGAUCGUGUUCUAGGGUUUUGGUUUUGCUAGUUAAUUUUGUUCUUCUUCCAAGUUUGUGUUCCCUUUUCAACUGAAAAGAAAAAAAAUUCUUUUGGAAUGGGAAUUAGGUUAUUUCACUUAGGCACAUGAUUUGGAAGAAGCAUAUCGUUAUUUAGUCAAAGUGAGAAAAACAAUUUGGUGGAUAUCGGAGCGAUCAAUUCAUAGAUGACUUUCACACUGAUAAGUGUAAGGAAAUCGUUGAUGGGUACAAUGUUAAACUACAAAUUCUUGCGCUCUUAAUCUUUCGUGAAUUUCUCAUUUUAUAGUUGGAUUAUAAGAUAUUUGAUAUGGGCAGCAUUCUGUUGAUUAGUUUUUUUUUUUAGAAGUUCCAUUGAUUAGUUGUUUGUCCUUCAUGGUUGUGUUUGAGUUUCAUUGACCAUGAACCUACCUAAAUAUGUGUUAUAAGUUAUAACUAUGUUCUGCACUCACUCACUUCAACGAUGUAUUCAUUCAUAUCUCUCACGCAUUUAAUUAUCUCUUAAACCUUUCUUAUUUUCUCUCGGUUUUGCAAACAAUGCAAUAAAAAAGCUUCAAUUAACACUGGCAUUCUAAAAAAAAUUAGAUGGUAUCACGAACUUCAUAAAUGAUUGUUCGUGUAUAUGGUGCGCGUGAGUUUUCAUUGGACCACAUUUACAGGUUAGUUUUGGUAGAUCGUAUUCCAUCCUCGAUCGGAUAGUUUUGUUAUGACGAUAGUUACGCUUUUAAAAUCGUGGUUCAACGAUGGUACAUAACAAAACCUACUCACUCAAACCGUUGUCGUGAAGGGGAUUCGAGAAUGAAGAUGAUCUCAUGUACGCAAUCAAACAUUGAAACUCUUUUGACAUUAAUCUGAAAUUAAGGGCAAACCAGCAU